CACUCACAUCUAGAAUGAGCCGAUGAAACAAGCUGGGGAAAUGUUUUCAGAAUCGAACUUCUUGAACACUCCCUAGGACGUUCGCCCUGCACCCGCUGAUCACGGAUUGACACCGAUUUACUCGAACAGUAUUUUCGUCGUUCUCACUUUCACGCAACAUACAAGCCACAUCCUGCUGAUCCGUUACAAGCUGCUGCGGUCUAGUUGCCUCGCGAGGAAGGGCUGGCCCUGUAUCUGUCGCGUGAGGAGGGCUGACGUUAUUGGGUAACGAGCUGGGCUCAUAUAAUCAGUCGAUUAAGCGGCAAGUUCCAUCGCGAGCCAGGCAGCAUGCAGAGCGUGGACGAGCUUCGGGAGAACCUCACCACAUACAAGGAGCAGUUGGAGCAGGUGUCAGAGCUGCUUAUAGAGGAUCCUGACAAUGACGAGUACAAGGAGAUGGCCAGUGGGCUCAAGGAGGUCAUUGAGCUCACCGAGGAUCUCUUGAGUGCCGCACAGCAGCAGUCGCAGGAGGAACAACCACCAGAUGCAGCAGCAGCAGCAGCCGCAGCUGCCGCCGCUCCUUUUACCCCCAUGGCCUUUGUGCCUGCCGCUGCUGCGGCUACUGCCACUUAUCCUGUUACUGCCGACCCAGCAGCCCUAGCAGCAGCAGCAGCAGCAACGGCCGCCACAGCAGGGGGCCCAGGAGCAGCAUCGUCUCGCAUUGCAGUCGGCACGUCGGUGCAGGCGGCGUGGGGGCUGGCAGCGGGCACUGCUACUGGGGGCAUACGGAGCUCGGAGUGGCGGGAGGGCGUGGUGGACAGUGUCACAACAGGGGGCUACGUGGUUCGCGAUGCAGGGGGUCAGAUGCACGAGGUCCGGGAGACGAGAGUGCGGCGGGUGGAGGAGAGUGAGGAGGAUGCGAGGAAGAGAGCGCAGGAGGCACUGGCAGCAGUUGAGAGGGAGGCGGACGAAACACGGAGAGCGCUCAAACGGAAGAUGGAGGAAGCUUCCAGGACGGAGCUGGUGAAGAAAGAGAUCCCACUCAAGCUGCGGAUCAAACCGGAAGACUCAGAGGACGUGAAAGCAGAGAAGAAGCGGAAGAUCCACGCGUUCAAGUCGAAGCAGCGGAUGGAGAUGCUGGAGGUGAUGACCAACAAGAAGCAGAACACGUGGCAGCAGUUCCAAACCAAGGGCAUAAAAAAGAAGGCGGGCUUCAUGACGGGGCGCAAGAAGGAGAGCAUAUUCAAGUCGCCAGAGGACGUGCACGGCAAGGUGGGGGUGGUGGGGAGCGGGCAGGGCAUGACAGACUUCCAAAAGAGAGACAAGAACCUCAACCUGCGCGCACAGGGGCAGGCGGAGGAGGACUGAUUAUCUUCAUUUACGGUUUUGAGGCGCCUCAAGGCAAGGUGGGCGUGGUGGGGAGCAGACAGGGCAUGACUGACUUCCAAAACAAGGAAAAUGAAUUUGCAGGACUGACAGUGAUUGUCUCAAGUUUUCGUGCAACAUUGAUUUUUGCUGCUUCAGCCCUGAUAUUGAGAAUGUUUGAUUGUGUUGCUGAGAAAGUGCAUGCUUCACCUUGGUCUGCCCUUCUGUUUUUUUUUUUUUUUUUUUUUUUUUUUUAAUGCAGUCUCAGAGUAACGAAUGGAGUAGAAUGAGUGAUACGGAGUGGUUUUGUUCUAAGGUGUUGUACUCUCUAUGAGCAUGCACCUAUCUAGCCUAUGACAUAUACAAAUAUAUGUUGACACACCCCCUAGGCUAGAUAAGGGGCGACUAGCACGAGACACGCAGCUCAGGGUGGCACUACUAGUCCAACCUCUGGGGCAAGGGUACGAAGACGAG